GCCGACGAUGGCGACACGACAGCGAUCAGCAGGAGUGCGCCGGCUGCUGCAAGAGGCGCAAGAACUCGAGCACGACGACUGCGCCGACUACGCCGCUCAACCGCUCGAGAACGACAUCUUCCAGUGGCACUUCACCCUCCGCGGUGCCGAGGGGAGCGACUACCAAGGUGGCGUGUACCACGGCAAGCUCGUACUCCCGUCUGACUACCCGUUCAAGCCGCCCGAGGUCUACAUGCUCACGCCGUCGGGCCGCUUCGAGGUCAACAAGAAGAUCUGCCUCUCCAUCUCGAGCUUCCACCCCGAGACGUGGCAGCCGAGCUGGGGCAUCCGCACGGCGCUGCUCGCCAUCAUGGCCUUCUUCGAGACCGAGCCGAAAGGAGCCGUCGGGUCGCUGGACGCGCCACCUGUCGAGCGCCGUCGCCUCGCCCUCGCCUCGACCAAGCACAAGUGCGCGACGUGCGGGUUCGACGCGGCAGACAAGGACUCGUUCGCGGCCUUGCCUGCGCCAAAGGUGAUCGCGACGGCGGAGCCGGACGGCGUGACGCAAGUGCAGGUCACUGCGCCGGCGUCGGCGAGCAAGGGCAUCUCGUCGUCGAGCGAGUCCUCCCCGACGCUUCCACGUGCUGCGGUCGACUCGGGCGACGAGCACGAGGUCGAACCCGAGCCGUCUGCGCCACCUCCAGUCGCCGAGUCGUCCCGUCCGACGUCCAUCUUCCCCUCGGCCCCCUCCCCACCUGCACCUCAGCGUGCUCCCCGCUCCUCGUCCUCGUCGGGCCGGGUGCCUCACGGACCUCGCAGCCCUGUCGAAUCGUUCUCGGGCGGCGGCGACGCAGGACCGCUCGUCCCUCCCGGCGCCCCUCGCCUCUCGCCCGCGCACCUGCCCCCUCGCGCACCGACCGCCGACGCCCACCCGGCUCACGAGCACGGCGCCGCGCCGAACCCGCUCCUCGCGCACGCACCACACGCACUCGCCGACGCGCAUGGCCUGCCGGCGCUCCCGCCGGGCGUGUCGCUCGCGCAGCUGAGCCCCGACGGGCUCGCUGGCGGCGGGCCGCCGAGCUGGGUCGACCGCGCCAUCGUCGCGUGCCUGCUCGCGCUCGUCGCGCUCGUCGUGCGCAAGGUGGCCUAG